GUGUAUACUUCGUACUAUCUUCAAAUGAAGAAAAGUUUAUUUGGCUCGGCGAGUUUUGGCGGAACAAAGCUAGCUUGGAAAAUGUUCGUGAGAAGGCCAUUAAUAAUAUUCAUAACAAUAAUCUGCGCCAUCUCAUGCUUAGAUUGCUCCCUUUCUGAUGAUGAGCGAACUGUCAUCAAUGUAGAUCAGUUCGGCACUCAAGGAGAUGAUGAUUCCCAAGCGUUUAGAAGAGCUUGGGAUAUAUUUUGCCAUACAAAAGCGGGAUUGCUGUUGAUUCCUAUGGGGACGUAUUUUCUGAAGCCAAUCUCUUUUGAUGGACCCUGCAACCCGAAUCUGACAAUGAAGAUAGAAGGGACAAUUAAAGCUUGGCCAGACAAAAAAGAGUAUGAAACUAGUGGGAGGCUAAACUGGAUGCUUUUUCGGGGCCUGCACUACUUCAAUGUUGGAGGGGGAGGCACCAUAGAUGGCAAUGGGAAACACUGGUGGAAGCAGUCUUGCAAUUCCUUGAACAACCAGCUGCAUUCACAAUGUGAUAACGGUUCAAUACCAUUUUCAGUCAUGUUUGAGAAUUGCACGAACUUGAAGGUGGAAAACUUAUGGUUCAAAAAUGCGCAAAAAAUGCAUCUCACUUUAAAUAUAACUCGACAUGUUGAAAUCUCACGGAUCAAUAUUGAAGCUCCUUAUGACAGCCUUAACACCGACGGGAUUCAUAUAUCUAGGAGCCACAGUAUUAGUAUCACCAAUUCAACCAUUAAAACAGGUGACGAUUGUAUUUCAGUAGUGAACAGAACAUCAUCUGUUAGAAUUCUUGACAUUAAUUGCGGGCCAGGGCAUGGAAUCAGUAUUGGGAGCUUAGGUCGACUGGGUAAUCAAGAGACUGAAUCUGUUUCCGACAUUGUAGUCAAAGGAGCCAAAUUUAAAGGAACAAGUAAUGGGGUGAGAAUAAAGACCUGGCAGGGAGGGAAAGGAAUGGCAAACAACAUUACAUUUGAAAACAUCGAAAUGGAUAAUGUGAUGAAUCCCAUAAUCAUAGAUCAGUUCUAUUGUGCAAAAUUCGGAAUAGGUUCCUGCGAUGAGCAGAAAAACGCUGUAAACAUAAGAAGUGUCCUAUAUAAAAACAUAACAGGAACAAGUGCAAGUGAUGUGGCUAUAUUAUUCAACUGCAGCAAAACGUAUUCAUGCCAAGAUAUAGAGUUGGAAAAUGUGACAUUAAGUGGCGUAGAAGAACAACAAGAAGUCAAGGCUUCAUGUUCACUAGUUCUUCCAAUCAUUGAAGGAGAUGUCUCCCCACGUUGUGUUUGAGAUCGUCAUGCCACCGCCCCACUUCCGCUUUGAAUUUCAAUGCUUAAGAAUUUUUAGUAACACCCAUUCAUAAUUUCAUUCUUGUUGAAGUGAUGGACUGCCUCAACUUAUUGUCCACAUUUUAAUGUUGAAACUACUAUACUUCAAAUUCUUAUGCUGUUAAGUUCAUCUAAAAAGACUAAAAUGAUGUGUCUAGGGGAUUUCCGGGAGAGGGAAGGAGAAAAG